UAGUAGAGUAUGUGGGCUGCUACGCUAACUGCUCAUGUUUUUUUAAUCAAUGGCGAGAGCACAAAAACACACAUAAAUAAUCGCAGGCACUUUCGAAAAUUUACUGAUUUGCUUCGGCCUCAAUUGCCUAAUUCAUUAAUUCAAGCACUUAUUUACCCAUUUAUUUGUCUUAUAUCCAUAUAUGGUAUCAAGAACUCAAGUUUGAAUAUACUAAAACAGUUUUGAUUUUUUAAUAUUUUAUAUAAGUUGAGAUUGAAUGGAGAACAAUACAAGAUUCAAGAGGAUCUGUGUUUUCUGUGGAAGCCACGCGGGUCACAGGAAAGUUUUCGCUGAUGCUGCUAUUGAGUUGGGCAAUGAAUUGGUUAAUAGGAAGAUAGACUUGGUGUAUGGGGGAGGAAGUGUUGGGUUAAUGGGGUUAAUUUCUCAAAGAGUCUAUGAUGGUGGCUGCAAUGUUCUUGGAAUCAUUCCAAAAGCUCUUGUUCCUAUUGAGAUAUCGGGUGAAACCGUUGGAGACGUAAGAAUAGUUUCCGACAUGCAUGAACGCAAAGCUGAAAUGGCUAGGGAGGCAGAGGCCUUUAUUGCUCUUCCAGGAGGAUAUGGAACCAUGGAAGAGUUGUUGGAAAUGAUAACAUGGGCACAACUCGGAAUUCAUAAAAAGCCGGUUGGUUUGCUCAAUAUUGAAGGGUACUAUAACUCUUUGCUCACAUUAUUUGAUAAAGGUGUUGAAGAAGGUUUCAUCAAGCCUGGAGCUAGGGACAUAGUACUUUCGGCCCCUACAGCUAAUGAGCUUUUAAGAAAAAUGGAGCAAUAUACUUCUUAUCACGACCAUGUCGCCCCACAUGGAAACUGGCAGAUGGAGAAACUUGGUGAUUACCCGAAGGAAUGGAAGUCGUAAUGAAAUUAUUGCUUGUGCUGUGAUUUGUUUGUGGGACAAGAGAUGGAGCCUCAUAUAAUUCAUUACUAUGUACCCUUUUUCACUCUAUGUCGUUUGAAUUUUAGCAGCAAAUGUCAUUCUUGUUUUGCAUGAUGCCUCCGUUAUAAUAGAAUGGUCAAGCACAGCACUAUUUUGUAGUCAUUUUAGCUAUUCACACUUGAUAUUUGAAAUUGCUCAGUUCUUUUAAA